AUGGCUAUUGAACCAUCUUUUUCUAGAAUCAUACAGAAAGAUGAUUGGCCAAAAAAGUAUGAUUUUAAGGAAGAAGUUUCACCAUUAUCAUAUAAAUGUAUAAACUCAACAAUUAACUAUAGAAAUAAGACAAAUAAUGUAGAAAGAAGUGAUAAUUUAAAUAUAUAUGAUAAGUAUAUAGAUUUUGAGACCUUUAUACAUAUUUAUUCAAAGCUUAUGUUAAUUCUAGUCAAAGCUGAGAGUGGAUAUUGUAAUCUUGACAUAAAAGAUGAAUUAAUGGAAAUAAAGAAAAUAAGAAAUUUUAGUAUAAAAUUAGAAAGUAGUAUAUAUCAAAUGCUUGACAAUUCUAAGGGUAUAUCUAUUUCUAAAUCUAAUAAAGAGAAAUAUGUUAUAAAUAAUAUGAAUAUAGGAAAAUCUAUAAAUGCUGAGACUAUAAUGAGUAGAUUAGAUUCACUUAUUAAGUCUGUAGAAAUUCUAACGUGUAAAGUGGAGAAUUACUUCUUAAAUGAGACAGAAUCCCAGAUAAAUAAUAAUGAAACUAAUGAAGAUUUUGUGGUUGAUGAAUUAAAUUUAUCAGACAUGAAUUGUAAUUAUAAUACUAAAGAUAUAACUAAUCCAAGUAAUCCGCAUAAUUUAGGUUUAUCAGCAGAAUUAAAUAUUAAAUUAGAUGAUUAUAUAGAUAAGAUGGGAGAAAUAUUGAAUUUUUUGUUAGCAAAUUAUCCUAAAUCAUUAGAUGUUAAAUACGACUUAAUUCUAGAUAUGAAAGGCAGAAAUUCAGAUAAUGGGACUCAACAUAAUGUAAAUUUAGAUAAUGAAUCAGAAGAAUCUAAAAAUAUCAAUAGUUCAGAAAUUGAUAAUAAGAAGAGUUUAGAAAUCCCUGAGGACUUGGAUAAGAAAUUGUCUGGUGGUAAUAUAAAAGACAGUGUGUUAGCAGAUAAAAAGGUUCAAAUACUUCAACAUCGUCGUACACGUGCAUCUAUAGUAGGAAGUAAUAUGGCUCCAAUAAUUACAGCAAUAAGUGAUUUUUCUCCAGCACCACGUAGACAUAAUCGGUCACAAACAGUUAAUAAUACAUAUUUAGAUAAUUAUUAUAUAAAUAGUGAACAUUUAUUAAAUAUAAGGGGUCAUACUGAUAGAAUAGCUACUCCCAGGUUAACAGACUUUUCAGUUAUAAACAAUCUUAAUGAAAAGUCUAAAAGUUGUUGGAUCUCCCCUUCUAAAGAUCAAGAGGGAAGAUGUCAUAUUCCAAACUUACUGCAAAGUGAUAUGAAUGGUUACAAGAAAACACAAAAAUAG